GGCCGUUUUCUUUGAGAAGCAGGGCAUGGGUAUUGAUUUUUUUUAACAUCCGCAAACGGGAUGUGCGUAACCGAAUAACACUUCGCUUUGGACUACGAAUACUGUAGGCCUACACCUCCAACUUUACAAGUUGGUAUUGAAUUGCUUUAGCCAGGAAACGUAUUUCGUCGACCAGCGAAAGUUCUGAGGUUGGAACGGGUUGGAGGUUCGAGUUAGUGGAAUCUUUGUGGCCAUGAUUUCAACGGCCUACUGAAAGAACUCAAAACCUUGUGGGAAAUUGAGCCUAGUUGUGUUGACUUUUCCAGAUCCUUGUUGUGGAGGUGAUUUUUUUCCCGACACCACCGGUUUCGUCUCUAUGGUGAAGGAAGUAGGCCCCUAGAGCUGAGAUAUUAUUUGAUCCCAGCACACCCUAGCGUCCAUGAUACCGACUGUGUGGUGGGUGCACGUACCGGUGAACCUGACUUCUCAUCAUGAAAGCAUCAGUGCUGGUCUUGAAGGCUAUCACUUAAAUCUCAACCUGGGAACGACAUUUCUUACAGCAGUACAUUGACCCAGUAUGGAACAAGGAACCAAGCGUUCAGUUUUCUGUCCGUUGUCGUCAUCGAUGUCGGUCACUUUCCUUCUUCUCCUACUAUGCCAACAAUUUGGUGUCAUCAAGGGAUGUAACCAAGAGAUGAUCGUUUUGGAGAAUGUUUACUCGCAAAGUGUCAUCACAUCCCUCUACUAUCCAGACCAGUACCCACCCAACCUAGACUGCAACUUUUACAUUACUGCCCCAUCAGGCCGGAGGGUCCGUCUGUAUUUCACCAGUUUCGACGUAGAGGUGGCAACCACCUACAAUCGUUGCGCCUUUGACUAUGUCAUCAUUUAUGAUGGGGACUCCAACGCGGACGCCGAGUUUGGCAGGUUCUGCGGCACCAUCCAACCUCCCACAAUUGUCUCGAGUGGGCGUCACCUCCAUGUGCAUUUUCAUACCGAUGGGUCGGUGCAAGAAACGGGGUUUAGGGCAGUGGUGCACAGUGUAGAAUCCAGUUAUCAAGAGCCCCUCCCUACCAACGCACCAGGCUCUUGUUAUUCUCUCUUGGAGGAGGACAAUGGUAUCUUCUACAGCCCUGGCUUUCCGGGAAGCUACGAUCACAAUCAAGAUUGCAGCUACAUCGUCGUCUUGCCCAAUGAAAACGACCACGUCAUGCUGCGUUUCACAUCUUUUGAUUUAGAGCCGUCCCAGAAUUGUGUCUAUGACUUUGUGGAGGUGCGCGACGGUGUGUCAUCGGCUACGCCCCUGAUUGGCCGCUACUGCGGUGGCUUCAACCAAGAACCCAGCGGCGUGAUUGAGACCACGGGCCCUGGCAUGUACGUGCUGUUCCACACAGACGUCUCAGCAGCAUUUGAGGGGUUUUACGCCGAGUACGCCACCUCGAGCGUGGGCUUCUUGCCGGGCACCAGCAACGAGGACAGCAACUUGGCGAUUUCAGUUUGCGACAUUAGCCGUGCCAUUCUGACCAUGCGAGGGGGCUUCAUCGUGUCACAUGACAACUACCCACAGGGCACGUACGACCACCACUCUCGCUGCUCCAUCCAGAUUACCGGGUCUCGGACCUAUGAGAAAGUCUUCAUAGAUUUCUUGGCCGUUGACCUCCCUGUGUCAUCAGCGGGCUGCGGCGGACGGCAGAGUGAUUACAUAGAGGUCCUGGACGGUCAAGUUAAUGCCAACCCUACGACCAUGGUCACACUUUGUGAGUCCGCAGUCGGCAGCUACGUGUCCAGUAGCUCCUAUGCAGUCAUUCGGUUCCGCACAGACGGGGCUACCAACAGUGGUCAUAACGGCUUCAAAGCCGUGUUUGUGGUCUUCUACGAAGAUGCGUAUGGCUGUGAAAACUCGGACUAUCACUGUGAAAACAACCGCUGUAUCGCGCCCUCUUUGGUCUGUGAUGGAUAUGAUCAUUGUGGUGACAACUCAGAUGAGGACCAGGGUUGCGUGGGAGAGAAGGAUUUCACUUGGCUCAUCGUUCUGGGCAUUGUGGCCGGGUCACUCCUCCUGAUCCUGCUGGGCAUCUGCACAGGCUGCUGUUUCAUGAACAGCCAGGCGACACGUCGGGCCCCUGGAAGCACUGCUGACAGGAGCAGGCCCUCUGGCAACGGAACAGCCAUCCCUGUCGUAUCGUCGCAGAGCAACGGUGUGAGGCAGCCGUAUACUUACCAGAACCCGGUCUUCAGUACAGGUCCCGUAGCAACAGUGCCCCCAGCAUCAGGCCAGGCUGAGGCCGCGCCACCGAAAUACUCCGACAUCUGGAAGGAUCCGAUCAAUGUACCUCCUCCCCAAGGCAGGGGCGUCGGUAAUGGUCAACCCCUCCCACCCGCGCCGGCGCCCACCUCGCUCUACGCCCAGCGCGAGAUGGCCUAUGCCGCCUCCUCUGCCCCACCCCUUGACGAGGCAACGCCAGGCAGCCCGGCGGAUCCUGUUCUCCCUCCAGCUGAAUUCCAAUCAGAGCCGCUGUCUCAAGGGGUCGCUGGUGGUAUGGGUGGUCCAGAAGAGCCCUUGGGUAGGGCACAAGUAAUCCGGCAGCCGCGCGGUGGGACAUUACCCCCUCUGAGGGGUGUACACGGCAGACCAGCCGACACACCCUGAGACCGCUGAAGAGAGAAGCCCCUGCUUUGGCCAAAUCAGAGACCUUUCAUCAAUCUUUUCUCAUAGCAGUCUGCAGUUGAACAUUGAACUGUAGGAAAUACUCAACGUGGUAAGAGCUUGCUCAUCUUAACUCGCACUGUUGCCUUAUGCAGUCACCACAGCCCUGUGCAUUCACGAACUUUCUCACUUUUGAAGGGAUUUAAACAUGACAAAAGGAGUCACUUUAUGUCCAGGUGAUCUGACUUUGAUCAAGUAUCUUAAAAUGCUGGCAAGUUUGUUUACCCCAAGCUGAAUUCUAGCAAGACGGAAGGCUUGCCUGGUUUGUAUGAACAGUCAGUCCACAAGAUAGAUACAGUUCCCCAGGUACUAGGAAUAGCUGAGCUCCAGAGAACAUGACAUCUCUUGUCUCUGCACAGAGCAGGUGCUCUGUGCAGAGACAAGAGAUGUCAUGUAUUUACAUUUCCUUCUGUUUGCCUUCAGUGGAAGGUUACUUGUACAUACAGCAAAAAAUAUAAACAAGAAAUUAGCACUUUAUUAGAUGGCAAAAUAUUUUCUCAUGCCAUAUUUUAUGACUUGUUUUGUAACCAGACAAUUUCAAAUAUGUAUGAAGUGUACUUUGUGAUGUAAUCUGGGAGACCCUUCACAUGUGGGAAUUUGUCACUGUGUUAUAUAAAUGUACAUAAAAUCAACAAAGACCCAGUGCUGUUGUCAAAACUGUUUUAAUUCCCAAUUCUAGGAUGUCUGUAACUGGAGUUAUGCUGUCACAAUCAAUCUGUAAAGUUCCAACAGAGAGGUUGAUUUGAGUAUUGUUGUGCCAUAUGUAUAUUUCCACUUCAAGAAACGUUGACAAGGUGCAUUAAAAAAACAAACAACUUUUAUCAGCUCCA